CCUAACCAGCCAGCCGUUCGGUCCGUGGGAUAGUGUAGUCUCAGCAGAACAGAGGGUUGGUCGCACGGCGGGUUCAGUUUUGUUUGUAGCAUCAUCCAUCGCGUAUGAUGGCCGACGAGUCGGAAGAAGUGCGGUCGUUGCUUUCGCGGCACCGUUUGACCAUAGUGCGGGAUUUGGUCCAUACGAACCUGGUGCAGGUUUUGGUGAAAAAUAGUGUGAUCAACGAGGAAGACGAAGAGCUGAUCAAUGGGGCCGGGGAUGACCUGGAGAAGAAGUGCGAUCAGUUGAUCGAAAUAGUGGCCAAAGAUGGCUUUGAGAAGUUCAAGCAGUUUUGCUACGCGAUCGAGAACGAAUGCAGCCAGCUGAUUUCGGACCUGAUCAACGACAAAUUGUACCAGAGUGGGGAAGAUUCCACCGAGAAUGCUUCCAUACAGGCAAACGACGACUCGUCGAUCAAGAACGGAAGAGACACCAUCGACUCCAACCGGUCGCGGAGAUCUACAAGCUAUUGCGGUUCAGCCACACCCACACUUAUCGACAAUGGCUCUUCUCGUCGGUCUUCCAUGGCCUGCACGAGUCCGGUCCCUCCGAAUCCAAUACCGCCUCCUAUCCCCCAGUUGCCCGCGAAAUCCCUUCCCGCGUCUACCCUCAGUGCCAGUGAUUAUAGCGGUAGUGCCAAAGCCAACAACAACAACUACGACCGCUACAGUGAAAGCAAAUUCAGUGUGUCCAAUAGCAAUUUCAACAACCAAGCCAUCGCCGGUGGCAAUCAAUCACAAUGUGACAAUGCUAGCCCACCGGGGCGGAAAACACCCCGUUCGGCACAGCCGUCGCCGUAUUCCUACCUGAAUCCGAAGCGUUUUAGCUCGCCACCAUUUAGUGAUUUUUCCUUCGACAAAGGUGUGAAUGUGAAAAACCGAAAUUCGAGCUUAAUUCGCAGCAAAUCCAAGAAGGAGCAACGCAACUACCACUCGAUGAACGAAACCAUCGAAGUGCUAGCCGAUCAGGUCGUCGAGGAUGAGCGAAUUGAACGAACAUCAUGGGACUACAGCACCGUCCAGCUGUCGCGAGUACCCGGAUAUGGGUUCGGCAUAGCGGUGUCUGGCGGCCGGGACAACCCACACUUUGCCAACGGUGACCCCUCGAUAGCGGUCAGCGAUGUGCUGAAGCAUGGACCAGCGGAGGGGCAACUACAGGUUAACGAUCGGAUAAUUUCGGUCAAUGGAAUCUCGCUGGAGAACGUCGAGUACGCGACGGCCGUGCAGGUGCUGCGUGACAGUGGCAACACGGUGACGUUGGUGGUGCGAAGACGCGUCCCGAACCACAGCCUAAUGCAACCGGCGGGCGGCAAUGUCGGCGUCGGUAUGGCCGGAGUCGGCGGCGGUGGAGGCGUGGGUGUCAACUCUCAGCAUCAGCACCAGCACAGCCUCAGCUCGACCGGGCUGGGGCUGGUGGGCGCGUUAGGAAAUAAUGGAUCUCAGCAGCAAAUCAAAGUGAUUGUUACGAAGGCGAGCAAGAAAGAUGAUUUCGGCAUCGUUUUAGGAUGUAGACUAUUUAUUAAGGAAAUUUCGUCCAAGACGAAAGACCAACUAGCUGCCAACGGUUAUUCUCUGCAGGAAGGCGACCUUGUAACAAGGAUACACAAUACCAACUGCAACGAUUCGAUGAGUCUGAAGGAGGCGAAAAAGAUCAUCGACGGUUGCAAGGAACGGCUCACACUAGCCGUUCUGCGGGACUCCACAAGUGCCACGUUGAACGCUGGCCUCGGCGGUGGCACCAGCUCCGGUAUGCAAUCGCCAGUCUACUCCCACACGGCUCAGGUUUCCAACUGUAGUAAUAUGGAUGAAAAUUACCUAAACGGAACUGGCGGAGGCUACUCCGGACAAAACCUGUACGUUCAACCACCUACCAGGCCUUCCGCGAUGAGCACAUUACUGGCAGACGAUAAAAGCAAUCUGACUCCACGCGGGAGAUCACGGGGCCCUCUAACGGAUAUUUCCUUACAACAACUAGACCGACCCAGUACACCUCCAGGUGCGACUAGUAGUCGAGGCGGAGAUGGUACGGCUGGUGGUCACAGUCGGUCACGUAGUACAGUUGACGAACCACCACGGCCUCCUCCUCCAAGAGGGGAAGACUUCUACAGUACACGGCGACCGCUGCACGAUGAGAAACCCACUUCAGAGCCACGAUACAUCACAUUCCAGAAGGAGGGUUCCGUCGGCAUCCGAUUAUCAGGUGGCAACGAGGUGGGAAUCUUUGUCACGGCUGUGCAGCAAAACAGUCCCGCGGCAUCACAAGGGCUGGUACCCGGUGAUAAAAUUCUGAAAGUAAACGAUAUGGACAUGAACGGAGUUACCAGAGAGGAGGCAGUGCUCUAUCUGCUCAGCUUACAAGAUCGUAUCGAUCUGAUUGUACAGUACUGUAAGGACGAAUAUGAUAACAUCACCGCGCAGCAACGGGGCGAUUCCUUUCACAUAAAGACUCAUUUCCACUGUGAGAACCCGUCGAAGGGCGAACUCUCGUUCAAAGCCGGGGACGUCUUCCGGGUGAUAGACACUUUGUACAACGGAGUAGUCGGUGCGUGGCAGGUUCUACGCAUUGGGCAUGGCCAUCAAGAGCUGCAGCGUGGCGUGAUACCUAACAAGGCACGUGCAGAAGAACUGGCUACGGCGCAGUUCAACGCAACCAAGAAAGAAAUGAACGCCUCCGAAUCCAGGGUCAGCUUUUUCCGAAGGCGGAGGUCUACGCAUCGUCGAUCUAAGUCAUUAUCCAGAGAGAAUUGGGACGACGUCGUCUUUUCUGAUUCCAUCUCCAAGUUUCCUGCCUACGAACGAGUGGUCCUACGACAUCCGGGCUUCGUCCGACCGGUUGUCCUGUUCGGACCAGUGUCCGACAUUGCGCGGGAACGUCUCGUCAAGGACUUCUCCGACAAAUACACGGCACCUCUGCAAGACGACGACAAGGGUUCGUCCAAGUGUGGCGGCAUUGUACGGCUCUCGAACAUCCGAGACAUCAUGGAUCGCGGCAAACAUGCCCUGUUAGAUAUCACUCCGAACGCCGUCGACCGCCUGAACUACGCACAAUUCUACCCGAUAGUGAUCUUCCUCAAAGCGGACACCAAACACAGCGUCAAACAGCUACGGCAGGGGCUGCCCAAGUCGCAGCACAAGAGCAGCAAGAAACUGUUCGAGCAGUGCCAAAAAUUGGAGCGACUGUGGUCGCACGUGUUCAGCACCACGAUCAAUCUGAACGAUCCGGACACGUGGUACCGGAAGCUGCGGGACUCGAUCGACCAGCAGCAGAGCGGUGCCGUCUGGAUGUCCGAGACGAAGCCCGUAGAGUCCCUGUCCGAUGAUUUCCUGUUCCCCAUGACCACCUCUCGUCUGUCCUACGCCUCGAGUCCGGAAUCGGACCUGGAGCUGAGCCCGGGCCCGUCGGCCUCGCUAUCGCUAGGCAACUUACCGCAAUUGGUGAAGUCAAGCUCUGACCCCUCGAUCGCCACUAAUCAGGAUAACUUGGAUAGGGAUAGAGAACUCGGUGACGGAAUGCCACCACCAUACACGAACCCGUACGACCACUCGGCUCACCCUCGGCGGAUGACCGUUGAUAACAAGUACGGAUUCUCAGCGAAGGGCAACAUAGGUGCCCCUCUACCACCCGAAGAUGCCAUAUAUGGCUCAUCCAGGCCGCCUCCUCCAAUACAGCACAACAGCUCCGGACCCGGUCACUACGGACCAGUUCCAGACCUGCCACCCCGAAUAGACCGGGCAUCGAAACCUCCCAACACUACCAACCCGAGCACACCAGCUUCGUCCCUUCCGUCCAGGAACUCUAGCACCGGUGGAACCCUGGGUCGAUCGGCCCAGGAACGGCUAUUCGGCAACAAGGCAUCCACCGACAAUCUAGACCAAGCGGCCGACGAUUACGCCACCCGCAGUCAGAUGCUUGGACCUACUCCCGAAAAGCGUGGCACCAUUACCAAUGGCUUAAGUUCCCUGGAGAGGGCGCAGAACUCUUCACUGGACCGGGCCCGGUCCGGUCAACCACCGCCACCCGCCGGAAAUCCAACGACACCCAGCAAAGCAAACGGCUCGUACGACAGCGUGUCCAGCUACGACUCGUACAAUGCUACCCAGCUAACGGCGCAGAAUAUGAGGUUAGGACCCAAUGCGCCCGAUGAUCUUAAAUCGGUGCCGAAUACUCGAAACGGUACCGGUUUGACGCCAAAUCAGUCCAACGUGUCGGACUACAACCGUGGUCCCGGAAGCAAUGAUCUUCUGAUGACGCCACCCAGAAACAGUCACAUGCAUCCCGAUAGAAACAACUUCAAUGGUGCACAUGAUCCGCUGACACCGAGGAACUCAGGGGAACGCCCUGGUGGCAUGAACAUUCCUCAGCGUCCAUCGAACCUGGCGCUAGAAAGUCCAAGGAAACAUAUCAUUGAAACCAAAACGGACUAUGGAAAAUACAGUCGGAACAAUUCGGCCUCCCAGGCGGACUAUUCCAAGCCCAACAAGGGCCCACCACCGAUGCUGGGAACUCCGCCUGCGAACGGAAGCAACGGGAUGCCAUUCAAACCAGUGCCACCGCCAAAACCGAAGAACUACCGGCCACCGAUCGGAGGCGGCAGCAGCAACGGAGGACCCGGAAGCGGCGGACCGAUGGGAUCCGGCCAGUGGGAUAAUGGGGAACCAAUAUCUCCCCGAUCGCCCAACGGCUUCUACUACCCACCGAUGUCAUCGCACUACCAGCAAGGCGUAGCUCACAACGUGCCCAGUUCGCCCAACAACAGCCACAUGAUGCCCGGGGCAAACCAUCCGUCGCAGAUGCAUCCGUACGGCCAAUAUGGCGGCAACGCAUAUAACGGAUACAACGGCACCAACGGUGGUGGCAGCGGCAACAACAGUGCCGCACAGUCACACUACAUGGGUAAUUCCGCCCGCGACAUGGGAAUGGGUCAUAACAAUAACAACGGUUAUAACAACAAUAACGCACAUCAUCCUUACGGAAAUAACUACAUGCAUAGAGGUAGCGGGGGCCCCAAUCACGGCAUAGGUAACAUGUCGUCGUUACAUCCCUCGGAACGGCAUCCACUCGACCUGGCCGGCAGUCGGGAACAGCGCGGAUCGGCGUUUGAGCUAUACCGGAAACCUCAACUUGGUACCACCGGGCACCAUCACAACAUACGCGAAAUGGAGCCGAUGAUGUCGAUACACGAGUUCAACCAACAUCAACAGAAUCUUAUGUACCAAGAACGUCUUCGCCAACAGCAGCAGCAACCUCUACCUCCAAUUCCCGGAUCUUCCGGGUACGAUCCGUACGGUAACAGAAGUAUGCUCCCACCGGAGCUUCCUGCCAAACCUCCGAAAAAGAACAUCCUCAAAUCACCACUGAAGGCGAUCAAGAACGUGUUUAUCAAAUCUACCAGACCGCUGCGCAGGCAAGUCAGCUUGGCAGAAGCAGACAAGAAGCUGCGACCCAUACUAAAGCGACAGCAUUCCAUGAUGGAGUCACGUUCCGGUCGAAUGAUGGACACUCGCUUCCAAGAACCCCACCAGUACGACCCUCGCCAAUAUUACGCACAGCAGUAUUACAGCGAUCCUAGGCAACAGAUGUCUCCUCCACCGCCGCAUCAUAUGCAAGGAUAUCAUCGGCAUGAGCCUUUCUAUCCCAAGGACCCUAACAGCACCUACCAAAACCUCGAAACAGAAUCCAUUUACGACAGCUACGGGGCAGGUGGAUACUACGAUCGGGAACAGGAGAACUUGUACGCCAACCGCGCGUUGAUAGAGCUGGAACGAUCGCGGCCAGGUUUAAUGCCAGGCUCCGGCGCAAACACUACGGGUCGAAGAAUAGUUCGGCGCCACAGCAUGGCCGAUCGAAGCGUUCCGUCGCCAAGCUUCAACAACCUAAACCGCAGAAGAAUGGGAUCAGAACGAUACCGCAUGGAGAUGAUGAACACUUCGCUGAACGACGAAUCCAUCUACCAGAGCAAGAGCGGAUCGUACAUGUACGACGAAGCGCGAGAUCACGUUCGGCGUUCCACGGAUGAUCCAGUCUACCAAAGUCGGAAAGAAAUGCACAGGGAUCAUCUGUAUCAGAGCAAGAAGCAAAUGCAGGAUCGCAUCCAACAGAGCCGCCUAGAGAUGAUCCAGAACCAACAUCAUGAUCGAAGCCACUCUCCGAGUACGUCAAGUCGCGUGAAAGAAGCCACCGAAUCCAGCUCUAGCUCUCCCAACUCUCCGGCAAGUUUCACGUACUCCACUCGGAAGGAAAUGAAAGAAAAAGGCAUCAAACCUCGCACGCAACUCAGAGACCAGAUUUAUCAAUCUCGAAGGGAAGCCAUGGAAUCUAUGGCGGAGCCGGAGUACGUUUCAAGAAGGGAACUCAAGCACGAGCCGAUAUACGAAUCCAAAAACGAAGUCGAUGCGGCAUCUUCGUUGGAUUUGAGUAGCCUUCAGAUAAGCGAAAACAAACUGGAGGAAAACAUUACAGAAGACGAUUCCGUCAACAGAACGGUAGUCAAUCAAUCGGAACAGGCGGUGGACACCGUCGAAAGAGACUCCGGCAAUGACGAAACCACCAAGGCUCCCUUGGCUAUGUCCGAGGAUGACGAAGAAGACGACACUCUCACAAAAGCCAACGAGUCUGAUCUGCAGAAAGCGGCGGCAGCCGCCAGUCAAAUCAAAGUCGCUUCACCUCUCAGUCCACGAUCCUCGCACAUUUCCAACUUCUUGAAACGUACUGCUCCUCCACCGGCGCCUCCAGCAUUCCAACUUCCUCCUCCGCCAAUAUCCACAAUUCCCACGUCCAGCCCAACAACAAAAAGCCCAGAAUCCAUCCCGCCGGAAGUCUACACCAGCCGCACCUCGAUGGAAACUCAGUACACCUCGCAGAUGAGUCUGCCUAUAGGUCCUCCGAACGCCCACAGCACCCCGUUUGCCAGCGAAAUGUCGCUGGGCUUACCGCCACCGCGGCAACCCAUCACCCGGAGGGGUAUCUUCGAUGCCGCCGGCGGAACGCUGGCCGACCCUAUCUGGAACGUGUCGCUGCAGAUUCCGCCAGGAGCGAUCGCGCCCGGCACCAAGCAGGAAAUCUACUUCACCGUCACCGAUCCGCGGCUCAGCGAAAGCGUUGGAGGACCCCCGCUGGACAUGGAAAAUGGUGAAACGAUGCUUUCGCCGCUCGUUAUGUGUGGUCCCCAGGGGACGGAAUUCCUGCAGCCGGUGACCCUGAACAUCCCGCACUGUGCCGGCCGGACGCCAUCGCUCGGCAUCUCCGUCAAGGCCACCGACAGCGAGAAGAACCUGCAAACUGAUUGGGACAAUAUCGAACUGCCGAGCAACGCUGCGGCCCACACCGUCUCGGUCAAAGUGGACCAUUUCUAAGUGUAAGUGAAUGCUUUUUCGUAUAUUUUAGGCGCUCGAGGUUUAGGAUUGUACAGCAAUAAGUGUUACUUUUCUUCAAUUGUAAAGCAAGACAAAUGUUUAUGUGCCUUUAUUUUACUCAAACAAUUAGCUUUUAUGCAAUCGAACAAAAUUUCGCCAAACUGCUAUAUUUUUAGCUGUAUUUUUAGAAGCGUUGCAUAAACUGUACCAAUUGCCAUCAGACCAGUAUGACGUGUAUUUUAGUGAGUAAAAUUUUCAAUUUUCCCUCUAUACAAAUUACUACCAUUGCCAUUUUGUAUCAAAUCUGUAUAUAUAAAGAGCUUAAUGUUUUAAAUUGUGUUUAGUCGUUUCAAAUCUUGGAGGGAAUUCUUCAUUAUCAUUUAGCUUGAUACAACAUGUGUAGGAUUUUGUACACAUAGGACGAUUAUGAUAUGUUAUUGUAUAAAAAAAAAUCUGUAAGGCAGACUCCAAUCUAUCUUAUACGUACGAAGCAUGCCUAGAGGGUGUAGGAGAACUUUGAUUAAAAAAAAUAAUGCAAUCUAAAUACCUACAUACACAUACUUGUAAAAAACCUUUUCAAACUGCUGCAAAAGUGUUGAAUAAAAUUAUUUUCCGAAAAGUAUAACUGUA